AUGCGGUUACUUCUUCACCAGCGGCAGUACACUCUUGAUAUCCUGGAGCGAACUAGGAUGACUGACUGCAAGCUUUGCUCCAAUCCGGUUGACACACAAGGCAAGCUAUCCGAGGCCGAGGGCACCCCAGUGACAGAUCCCACUACAUAUCAGAGUCUUGUUGGUGCACUUCAGUACCGCACCUUCACCCGGCCGGACAUCACCUAUGUAGUUCAGCAGAUAUGUCUCCAUAUGCAUUAUCCCUGGGAGCCACACCUCACUGCUCUCAAGCGGAUCCUUCGCUACCUCCGCGGCACCGUCGACUUCGGCCUCCUCCUUCACCGUCGGUCGUCCUCCACCGAGCUCGUCGUCUACACUGAUGUCGACUAG